UAUUAUUAUUAUUAUUAUUAUUAUAAUUAUAAUAGGUACCUAAUUUCGCUACCUUUUUAGAUUACACUUCAAGCAAUAAAUUCUAUUUUUACUGAUUUCCCCCGCCUUAUAAGUUAAUACGCUAAUUCAAUUGUAUUUCCGAAUUAACAUAAUAAAGUUAUACAUUAUAUUUACAUUUUGAUUCCAUUACCUCAUCCCAAUUAAUCGUUUGUGAUUCGUUUUUAAGUGUGUUGUCUCAGAAACUUGUUAUCUCACCUUAAAUAUAUAAUCAUUAGAUUCCCUUAUUAUUUGCCGGUUUUAAUCUAGCACAAUUUAUUAUUCCACUCAUUUCCAAAAAGUUUCCCAUUUUAACCCCCAAACAGUCUUUUCAAGUCCUACAACUGUCAUUACUAAAUGAUUAAACGAUAUAUCUUAUUAUGAGUUUUGAAAUUACAUUUUUAGGAUCCAGUGGUGGACCCAUUGAAGGAACAAAUUGUUCAAUUCUACUUAAACCUGCAGGUAUAACUUACGAAGAAAUUGUUGAUCAAAAUCUUGUUGAUGAAUUGGUAUGUAUUGAUGCAGGGUCUGGUCUACAUCUGUUGGCAGAAAUAAUCAAUCAAGAACAAAUUCAUCAAAAACCAGAUUCAAAAUUAUUAUCAUUAUAUACUAAUCCUUUAUCACCAACUCAAUAUUUAGCUCCUACAGUACGAUCUUCUACUCCAUUCAAAUCUUUACCAGGUACUUGUUUUAGAGCAGCUCAAAACAUUUGCAAAAACCUUCAAAAUUAUCUUAUAACACAUCCUCAUUUAGAUCAUAUUAAUGCACUUGUUAUUAACUCAUCAUCAUUUUCAAAAUCAAAUCCUAAGCAAGUCUGGGGAUCUGAUUAUACCAUUGAUGCUUUACAAACUCAUGUUUUUAAUGGCGUUAUAUGGCCCAAAUUAAAUCAAUUCAAUCUUGUCAAUUUUCAAAGACAAGAAUUUUGGAAUAUCUUUACUAUAAAUAAUGAUAACUACCUUGUUACUAUGGUUGAUUUAAGUCAUGGUAAGACUGGUGAGGAACUGGUUUGUAAUUCCAAACUCAAUCAUAUUAAUAAUAAUAAUAACAAUAAUAAUAUUAAUAAUAAUGUUAAUCAUAAUAGUUUCAAUAGUCAAAAUAAUACUCCAAAGCAUGAGUGUUAUUUAUCACUGGGAUUCUUUAUAACAUCUACACGUAUCAAUAAAUCAGUACUUAUAUUUGGAGAUUUUGAAAGUGAUCUAAUGUCUAGUUUGUCUAAGAAUUUAAGGGCAUGGAAAUUUGCAGCUCCAUUAAUAAUAUCAAAACAAUUAGUGGCAAUGGUUCUUGAAUGUUCCAAUCAAAAUGAUCUUAAUGAAGAUGAACUUUAUGGACAUCUCAUACCAGAUCAUCUCAUUCAUGAAUUACAAGUUUUAGAAAGUACUGUUUCACUACUUCGUACUGAUAAUGAGUUACAUCCUCUUAAAGGUUUUAAUAUAAUAAUAAAUCAUAUUAAAGAACCUCCAGAUACAGAUAAGGAUCCAAGACAAUCUAUACUUCGAGAAUUAAAUCGAUUGAAUUCAGAAGUCGGUUUAGGAAUAAAUUUCUCCAUUGGACUUAGUGGGAUGUCAUUAAUUAUUUAAUUUAAAAAUUUAUUUAAUAUAAGUAACCCUGGAUGGUUAUAAUUAGAUAAAUAAAUAAAUUAAAAAUUAAUAAAUAAAUAGGUAUGUAUGUAAUUAGGUAGAUAGGUAGAUUGGGUCAAUAGAUAGUACUUGUAUAUAUAUAAGAU